AUGGUGAUGGUUCAGCUUGGACAGUGUAAUGGGGUACUUUGUCAGUACCCAAAGCUGAGCCCUUUGAUUAAGAGAAGAAAGGAGAGGGUUCAAAGGAGCAUGUCCUUGCAAGCACAAGCCCUUCACUCUAGAACACAGAGGAUAAUGGAUAGUAUUGCUGUUGAUGGUGAAGUCGGUGGUGCUGGCGGCGCAUACUCAUAUAAAGCCUUAAAGAGGUUGGACCAUAUUUGGUCUAGCAUCUGUUCCCCUGAAACUGUUUCUCAAGAACCUCAGCAAGUCAUUUCGAGUAUUCGAGGUGUGUCAAGUCAUUCUGAUCUCACUGACAAAGCGGUUGAUAAAUUUGAUGUGGUAGUUUGUGGAGGUACUUUGGGAAUAUUCAUAGCCACAGCCUUGAGUGCCAAAGGUCUUCAAGUAGGCAUUGUGGAAAGAAACAUACUAAAAGGGAGGGAGCAAGAAUGGAAUCUCUCGAGGAAGGAGCUGUUGGAGCUUGUAGAUGUUGGAAUUCUGGAAGAGGGUGACAUUGAACAAGCUAUAGCUGUAAAUUUUAAUCCUAAUAGGUGUGGAUUUGAGGAUAAGGGCGAAAUCUGGGUCAAAGACAUUCUUAAUCUUGGUGUUUCACCUGUGAAGCUCAUAGAGAUUAUGAAGAAACGUUUUAUUUCCCUUGGUGGAGUCAUCUUUGAAGGCUGCAGUGUCUCCAGCAUUUCUAUAUACGAGGAUGCAUCAGUGUUGCAACUUGCGGAGGGGAACAUUCUGUCAUCUCGUCUAAUCAUUGAUGCAAUGGGGAACUUUUCUCCUGUGGUAAAACAGAUAAGAAGAGGACGGAAGCCAGAUGGCAUUUGCCUUGUUGUUGGAUCUUGUGCUCGUGGUUUUAUAGAUAACUCUACCAGUGAUAUCAUAUAUAGUAGCUCAUCUGUGAAGAAGGUUGGCGACUCAAAAGUGCAAUAUUUCUGGGAGGCAUUUCCAGCUGGAUCUGGCCCUUUGGAUCGUACAACAUAUAUGUUCACUUAUGUCAGUCCUCAACCAGGAUCACCAAAAUUAGAAGAUUUGUUAGAAGACUACUGGGACUUGAUGCCAGAAUAUCAGGGAGUCUCUCUUGACAAUCUGGAGAUACUAAGAGUUAUAUAUGGCAUUUUCCCUACAUAUCGUGACAGGUAA